AAAAUCAACAAAAAAUAUUUCGUAUACUUCACUAUAACGACAGAAAUAUUUAAAAAAAAAAAUAAACUUAGAAAUCUUAAAUCUAACGGAAAAAAAUCUCAAUUUUUUCAAACUAAACUAAAAAUUCUUUUUUACACACCAAGAGCGUAAAAAUAUACAAAUUUUGCCAAAAUAGGAAACGCGCCGAAACGCCAUAACAAAAUCGUCUGCAGUUCAGUCAGCCAGUGAGAUACAACAAAAAGAAAUUACAAAAAUAUAAUAAAAUAACAUUAACCACGUAACAACGUAAGUGUAGCCAAACACCAGCAACAAUAACAACAACCUACAACAAAAAAUAGCCGUAAAGCAAUAACAACAGCAACAACAACAGCUAGCGAAGCGCUCAACAAGUGAGAUUCCUUGGCUUUGUAAACGGCUUUCAGAAUUUCAUUUCGGCACAAAGCUCGGCUGUUUGGUGAAAAUCGCGAGACAGUUGUAAGGAAGAAACGUGUGAAACGUGCAAGCAUAGUAGCGGUAAAUUCAAAUUUUGAAGGGAGCAUAAAUCAGCGUUCAAAAUGUCUGAAUCAGUUUGUCACAAAUGCAACGAAAUCAUCACGAAACGCAUCAUAACCGCGCUCGGCAAGACCUGGCAUCCGGAGCAUUUUGCCUGCAAGGACUGCAACACACCCAUCGAGGAGGCCACAUUCAAUAUACAAGAUGGUGAACCGGUUUGCUCUAAAUGUUUUUUGAAAAACUACUCAGGCACAUGUCAUGGCUGUAAGCAGCCCAUUUUGGAGCGCACAAUCAAGGCACUCGGCCAAACUUGGCACGAAGAUUGCUUCGUGUGUGGCGGCCCAUGUCAGAAGCCACUGGUGGGCACCUCAUUCUAUGAGCGUGAUGGACGCGCUUACUGUAAGACCGACUUUGAGGAACUCUUUGCUGCACGCUGCGCCGGCUGCGCCAAACCCAUAACAGAAAAUGCGAUUGUGGCAUUGAACUCUAAAUGGCAUAGGGACUGCUUCAAAUGCAAGAAAUGCGCCAACCCCAUCACGGCGAGCAUAUUCGCAGUCGAGGAGAACAAACCGGUGUGCACGGAGUGCUCAGCCUAGAAGCAGGACGCAACGCAGACAACUGAAGUAAUAAACAAUGUGAAUGCUAAGGACAAUGGAUAAAAAAGACAGUUAGAAAGCGAGAAACAUAGAGAGAAGGAGAGGAAGAGAAUGCGCAUGUGAGCGCAAGCGUUUAAUUACCUGAAAAAAAUCUAGUUUUAAAAGGCAACUCAAAUAACAAAAGGGAUAAAAGUGAAAUAAUACACAACAUGCAAGCAACGAAAUCGGAGAAUAUUUUAUGCAAAAUAGAAUUGAAUUUUUUCUAAUUGCUGCGCUACUAACCAGGAAUUAAGUAGAAACUACGCAUAACCGACACAUUUGAGACUCUGCAGUUAAUCAAAAAGUAUAUAUAUGUAUGUAUGUAUUAAAAACACACACACAAAAUCCACAUGCAUUCCACAUGUAUUCCACAACACAAUACACACCUCACCGAUCGCUAAACACACACACCAACAACAACAUCGAAAUAUUAUUAACUACCGGAGGGACAAGUGGUUGCUAUGAGCUUCUUCGACCUGGUCUUAUAAACAGGUUGCCUCACUAAAAGCCCUCAAGCCUUAUGGUUUUACAAUCCAACCUACCAACUGGCAAUUAAUUGUUGUUGUUUUCCUCUCACUAUAACUGCAGGCAAAUUUAUUAUAUAAGAUUCUAUUUGCGUUUGAUUCGUUUAAAGAAUUUCUUUACUUCUACUUUUAUUCGUUUUUUUUUGGAGAAAAAAAAAAUUAUACUUAAUUGUUUUUUUAUAUUACUACGACCAUUUUUUAACGACUAAAAAUUAUGUAAAUUACAUUGGUUCGUAUAUUCCUAAGUGACAAAUUUAUCUUUUUUUGCAUUUUUGCGAUUUUUAUUUUCUUCAAACUAUGCUCAGCUAAUUUGAAAAAAGAAUUAUUUAAACUUAAAUUUGAAAGUCUUACAUUUCGGUAGUCUCUAUGCGCUAUAUAAAACACGAUAAAACUUUAAUACUCGUCUCUCAAGUUUAAAAUUUUUAAAAUUUGCCUCAAAAACGUUUCAAGUAGGUUAUACAUACAUACAUACUAACUGUUAUGCAAAAAUCUUGGGGCUGAGUCAUGAAAUUAUGGAACACUACACACUAGACUACUUAAAUUGUAAAACAAAAUUGCUAACACAACAUUCCAGCCAUUUUGAUUCGUUACAAAAACAA